CACCAGAGCGAAGUUGCAGAUUACAAAUUACAUGAUUUGAAGAGAAACAGCGUAGGUAUAACCUUUUGUUAACAACUCCAAAGUCUCGAUGUCUGAAUGAGCUCUAAGCGGUCUACCUUGCAAGAUCUGCUUCGAAAGGAAUGGCCAGUGUGCCAGGAACAUGACGUCUUGGAGCCUAGGACACAUCCUGCAAACUGCAUCAGACAGGAACUUGAUCAUAUAUACAAUCAGAUGUCCAGCCCAACCUGGCUCAGUGUUGCCCUACUCAGAACUGCAAAUGUCUCCCACCUCUGUAUGCAACAAAGCCACAUCUUGCCAAACAUGAAACGCCAGUAGCGCUGUAACGGUGUGCAACGUGUCACUGUUACAGUAAGUCUCUGUGAUUAAACAGAUCACAGCUAGAUUUCAGACCAUAUAUAAAGCAACCAGUAUGGCAGACCAGCCAUUCUAUGAAACAAACCACCCGGUUAGCUGCUACGAUGAAAGCUAUUUCCCUCAACACAACUCCAUGGCCACAAUGAACCAAAGCUGUGUGCCCAUGCUGGACUCUGUGGAUGUGCCUGCGGGCUCCCCAGCCUUCUAUCAGGACCCCACAGACGCUCGUGCUGCCAUGGCGGACGUGUCCAAACAUGCGGGCUCAUGGCCCAGUAGUAAUCCUGGGAAAACUUCACCAGUCAUCUGGGGGGCCCAGCCCCAGCGUGGAGUCCUGGAAGCUAGCGACAGUGGCGGGGGCUACCAGUUCCAGGCCAUGGCCCAUGCCAACACAGACAGACCUACCAUGCUCUCUAGCAGUGCUAGUGCUCUGCAGAGGCUGGACUCAUUCACUCAGGUGUUUAGCCAGAAUCUGCAUCUCCUUCAGGACACCUCCUUCAACCUGAGCCAGCAACACCCCCCCUCAGGGCCUGUGCCCCCCUCCUUGGGCAGUGUUCAUAUUGACGGAGUGUUUCGUCAGUUCCUUGACCAGGGGCCCAUGCAGCCCCAGGAACAACCAAUGGAAGACCGGCAGAGCUGUCCACAGAUGGAGCCCCAGCCAAUGCGGAGCUACGACCAGGUGCAGUCCCAACAUCUCCUUGGUCUGCAAGAGAAUCAGCAGCAGCUCCAUUACAGAUACCAGUCACUGCAGCAGCCAAGAAUGGGGCUUAUGGAUCACGUGCAGCAGGUUCUGCAGCAGCAACAGGAGGAGCAAGGGAAUUGCUACCACUUGCCCACUCAAUUUCCCACCCACCCACUGCCGCAGCCCCUGUGCUCUACUCCCCCUCUGCCCUACUACAGUCAGAGCUGUAAAGUCCAGAGGUUCCCACAGCCUGAUCCAGCACUCUCCAGCCAUCAGCGUCCAUAUUUCUACCAGGACCAGCACCAGUACAGGCCGCUCUACCAGCACAGCAUCCCCUUCCAGCAGCAGGUGCAGGCACAGGAUAUGAGCAUUCUCCCCGUUGAGCAGUACUCCUCUGACACCAGCUGUGCCCUCCUCAGCCCAGGCCCUAACGCCCCCAUGGGUCCAAACCCCACCCCCCUGCAGGGGCUCCAUGACCCCAGAGAAGGCAACCUGGCCUGCCAACAGCAGCUUCUGUCUUCUACUGUCACCUGCAGCCCACACCAGCUGGGUGAAAGGUCAGAGGUGGAUGUCCUUCCCACCAUCCAGCUGGUGAACAGUGUAGGCAGAGCCUCACCUUUCUCCCCCAGAGCACCAUGGCAACAGAUGCGCUUGCCAAACUUCCAUGAUGAUCCCUCCUGCUCAGUUCACAGUACCCCUGUGAAGGUGGAGGUGACAGACAGGGAUGAUGCUACCUCUAAGCUCCUGUGCUCCAUCUGUCAGAAGGAGUUUAAGAGCCUGCCAGCUCUUAACGGACACAUGCGCUCACAUGGAGGCUUCAGGGCUCUGCCUGCACCCAAAACGACAGGGGAUGCUACAGAGUUGUCUGAGGAGGUGGAGCCGGCCCUCCCCUUCAUCAUGCCUGUGUCUGUGCCUGUCAAGCUUCAGCCUGCCUCCAGCAGCCGCCCUGUCACACCUCUCUGGCCCUGCCCAGGAAGUUACCUCGUCAACCUGACAGAGCAUUCAGAACUGUCCUUGUGUGGUAGGGCAGCAGGAGGAGAGCGUCAGGGGGCAGGGCCAGAAAAGAAGAGCCGCCACCGCCCUGAUCCACUCAUCAUACCCUCCCCAAUCCCUGUUCCAUCCACUGGGGGCGCUGUCCUGUUCCAGAGCCAGCUGCGGUCACCGUGCCUCCUGGGAGAGGCCCCGCCUUACACCCCUCCCCCCAUGUUGAGUCCUAUUCGGCAGGGCUCUGGGCUCUUCAGACGCAUCUGCCCGGGAUCCCUCCUCACCCCUGUCACACCACGAGUACUGCUUGGAAGGACCACUAGCAUGGAUGGCAGUCCUGAGACAGUGAUGCCAGGCCCUGGAGAGCAGUCGGUGGAGGUGGAGCCACGUAUCAACAUUGGCUCACAUUUCCAAGCGGAUAUUCCUGAUGUGCAGAGACCAUCACAGGCAGAGAAAGACACCGACAAAGCCUGUAUGCUGUGGACACCGUUGGGUGCACUGGACACCCCUGCCACCAAGCAGAGAGUGGAUGAUCUGGUGAAAAUGGCCUGCUCCAGUGUGCUCCCAGGAGGUGGGACCAACACAGAAUAUGCUCUCCACUGUCUGUUUGAGUGCAGAGGUGACAUCAUGGCAACCCUGGAGAAGUUGCUCUUCCACGGGCCAGUGAGACGCAAGUUCAAUCCUCUUCUAGACUACCAUUAUGCAGGAUCUGAUUGUUGGACACUUUUGGAGAAGGAGCAGCUCAAUAAAGCCUUCAUCGUAUACAAUAAGGAUUUCUUCCUCAUACAGAAAAUGGUGAAAACAAAGACGGUGGCUCAGUGUGUGGAAUACUACUACACAUGGAAAAAGAGGCUGAGACUGGGCAAGAAACUACAAAUGCACUCUACCAUUCUGGAACCCGAGAGAGUGGUGCAAACCCCUAUUUCCCAGGAUGAGUGGGAUGUACAGGGGGAGGAGCUUGAGUCAGAGGAACUGGAUGAUGAAAAAAGCUUAAUGAAACAGGAGAUAAAAGUCCACCAGUCCCCUGAAUUGGCAGACCCAGCCAGUUCCUUUGUGUGUGAGGUUCCAGACUGCGGCUGUACCUUUUCCUCUAAGCAGGCCCUGAAUGGCCAUGCUCACAUCCACUGCAGGCCAGGCCUAACCCCUAAACCCCUGGCAGAGAGAUGCAGGACCAGAUCUACUCCUCAGGCUGGCCUGGGGUCCAUGAAAAGCUCCCCAGGCCACAGCAGCACCAUUGGACCUGCUCCUCAAGCUGGUCUAGGAUCAGUGAAAAGCUCCCCAGCCCACAACAGCACCAGCGGACCUGCUCCUCAGGCUGGUGUGGGGUCAGUGAAAAGCUCCCCAGCCCACAGCAGCACUAGUGGUGACACAGACAUCACUGUUGUCUUCCCCUGCAAAGAAUGUGGGAAAGUGUUUUUCAAGAUCAAGAGCCGAAAUGCACACAUGAAAACACACCGCCAGCCAGAGGAUUUGCAGUCUUGGCACCCGCAGAAAGCCCUGAGGCAGAUUAACAUGGAAAUGGCCCCUGGUAGCCUCUGUGGUCCCCCAGUGACCCUCCUGUCUCUACCAUUUGACCAUAUGGGGCUAGUCAAGCAGCUACAAGCAGAAGUAGAGGAAGACCACAUGGAACAAGAGGACCCCUUCCUCAAGGAACAUCCUAUGUUACAGCUAGAGGCAGGAGAAUUUAUUCCAGGGGAGGAGUUGUGCCAAUGAUUGGCCAGGACCAUGGCAGGGGUGCAACCUCAUAUUAACACAUAUAGCAGGAGACAGGUUUUCACAAAAAGCCCAGGACCCAUCUGACUUCCCCAUUCCUUUAAACAUUAGUCCUUAUUCCUGUUCUUCUCAGCUUGACAGGUUACUCAGAUGAUCUGUGCCUUACUGUUUUUACUGUUCUUGAAACGUGCCACAUCAGAGAUUGUAACAGCAGUGACUUUCAGCAUGUAGUACAGAGGGAGAGGGAGGAGGCUUUGACUUUUAAAAUCUCUUCAUUAUA